GAUUUUUCUUCUUCGUGCAGUAAAGUUUACAGUGGCGAGAAGUUCUGAAAUCGUUCAAUUCUAUCCGCUGUUUUCGCAAUAUUAGCUCCUGAACCCACACUACACGAAGAUGGCUGACGUGCAGGAUAUUAUGUCGUCGCUUCCGGACGAUAAAAUCGAUAUGAUUGCCGCGACCAGCGUCUUGCAGCAGCAAGCCGGGGACAUUCGUCAAAACAAGCCAAACUGGUCGUCGUACAUGACGUCGCAGAUGAUUUCGCAGGAGGAUUUCGCUUGCGUGAGCUCGCUGGAUAAGGACAAGAAAGCGCAGGCCCAAUACCUGCAGGAAAAUCCGGCGCAGUGCGCGAAAACGCUACUUAAUAUGCUGGCGCACGUGUCGAAAGAUCAAACGAUCCAGUACAUUCUCGUACUGAUCGACGAUCUGCUGCAGGAGGACCGAACCCGUGUGCAGAUCUUCCACGAUUACGCCAACAAGAAAAAGGAGAGCGUGUGGGCUCCCUUCCUGAAUCUGCUCAACCGGCAGGACGGGUUCAUUGUAAACAUGGCCUCUCGCGUCGUUGGCAAGCUGGCCUGCUGGGGCCAUGAGCAGAUGCCGAAGUCCGAUCUUCACUUUUAUCUGCAGUGGUUAAAGGACCAGCUGACCGUUGCUGCUCAAAAGUUAUUGCAUGAAAUGGAAGAAGCGGAAAAGAAGCGGCUGGCCGAGGCGGCCGCCUCUCACCAUAGCCACCACCAUGGAGGCCAUGGGCAUCACCACGGGGAAGCGCAGCAUCCUGCUCAGAGCAGCCAGCAUCAUCAAAUUGCGGAGCGGUACCUCGAAAUAUCCAGUGCAAUCGACGAACCUCGGACAGGUUCCUCGCAGGAAGUUCUUCAUGUGACUCUUACGAACAACGAGUACAUUCAAUCGGUCGGCCGGUGCCUUCAGAUGAUGUUGCGCGUCGACGAGUAUCGUUUUGCCUUCGUUACGGUCGAUGGCAUCAGCACGCUGAUCAGCAUUCUUUCGUCGAGAGUGAACUUCCAGGUUCAAUACCAGCUGGUGUUCUGCCUUUGGGUACUUACCUUCAAUCCCCUGCUGGCGGAGAAGAUGAACAAGUUCAACGUGAUUCCCAUUCUGGCCGACAUCCUGAGUGACUGCGCGAAGGAGAAAGUCACCCGUAUCAUCCUGGCCGUUUUCCGUAAUCUAAUCGAAAAGCCGGAAGACUCGCAGGUGGCCAAGGAGCACUGCAUUGCGAUGGUGCAAUGCAAGGUGAUGAAGCAGCUCACGAUUCUGGAACAGCGUCGCUUCGAUGACGAGGACAUCACCGGGGACGUUGAGUUUUUAACUGAGAAACUCCAGAACUCGGUGCAGGACCUGAGCUCAUUUGACGAGUACGCUACGGAGGUGAAGAGUGCCCGUCUCGAAUGGUCACCGGUCCACAAGUCGGCCAAGUUCUGGCGCGAGAAUGCACAACGCUUGAACGAGAAGAACUACGAGCUGCUGCGCAUUCUUGUGCAUCUACUGGAAACCUCGAAGGAUCCCCUGGUCCUGUCGGUGGCGAGCUACGACAUCGGAGAAUAUGUCCGUCACUACCCGCGAGGCAAACACGUCAUCGAGCAGCUGGGAGGCAAGCAGUUGGUAAUGCAGCUUCUAGCCCACGAAGAUCCCAAUGUCCGCUACGAAGCCCUGCUGGCCGUUCAGAAACUAAUGGUUCACAACUGGGAAUAUCUGGGAAAGCAGCUGGAAAAGGAAAACGAAAAGACUCCGCAAAGCGGUGCUCCCAUCAGCGGAAAAGCUUAAAGGGUGAAACGUUAACCAUCCCUUCCAGGCUAUGCUUUCACAUUUAUUCGGCCGGUCAUCUCCAUAGCAGGAAUAAACAUGCAUUCCAUACCUUGGCCAACACCGAGCAAACCUGAAACGUGGAUUGUAAAACCGAAACAUGCAAAUAGUUCAUCCCAAGGGCUUGUCCACCUGCCCCGUUGCGUCGUCUUACAGCCGGUGUGUAAAUAAGCCUUUCUUCCAGCGGCAUCGCGUCAGGCGCAAGUACUACCAUCACCAAGGAUGUCAGAAGCUGGCCGAAAUCAGGAGAUGGCAAUGUUGUUAGAUUUAUACCUUUCUAUUCUGCCCUAAAAGAGCCCCUUCGCAAUCAUCUCGGGGCGUUAUUGUGUAAAGUGGUUUUGUUAUUCGUUUGUUCUUUUUCCUGUAGCAGCGUGCGUGGCAAUGCUUCACUUUAUACUGUAGUAGCAAGUAAGAGAUAACCUUUGUUUCAGUUUCAUGUGCAACGUACCUAGAGCAAGUGCCGCAGCGGACGGCGCGAAACAUAGCUGUAUUAUUCGAAAACGAAACCAUAAAUAAAGCAUUCAACCU